AUGAGUGCCACCAAGGCGCAGUCGCAAAAGAUCUUUGAGAAGUUGAAGACAAAGCCAGCAAACAGGCUAUGCUUCGACUGCGGCUCUAAGAAUCCAACAUGGUCAUCCGUACCUUUUGGUAUCUACCUAUGCCUGGACUGCUCGUCUCAUCAUCGUAACCUCGGUGUCCAUAUCUCCUUCGUUCGCUCCACAAACCUCGACCAAUGGCAAUGGGAACAACUUCGUUUAAUGAAAGUCGGUGGAAAUGAGUCGGCCACCAAAUUUUUCCAAUCGCACGGAGGUUCCGCCGCCUUGGCCAGCAAAGAUCCUCAUGUCAAAUACGAAUCGACUGCCGCUGUGAAAUAUAAGGAAGAGCUUAAGCGAAGAGCCGCUCAAGAUGCAAAAGAAUUUCCAGGUGAAGUCGUGGUCACAGACGUCGCGGGCACCCCCAAUGAUGGCGCUGCAACUCCUGCCGGUGAACCGGACGAUGACUUUUUCUCUUCCUGGGAUAAGCCCGCCAUCAAGCGUCCCAGUAAUCCCCCGUCGCGGGUCGGUACGCCAUCGAACGCCAGCCGCACUGCCUCCCCAUUCUUGAACGCUGGUGCCAACGGAAACGGAGCAAGAUCCAAAUCACCUCUUUCCGCAAGUGAGAAAGAUGAUACAUCAUCGCCACCUCCUGUUGCCGUCCGAACAGGAAAUGUCGUCAGGAAAGGUCCCACAGGCGCUGGUGCUAAGAAGGGCAGUAUACUGAGCUCCAAGAAAACCCAGAAACUUGGCGCAAAGAAGGUCGUGAGCACCGAUGCAAUUGAUUUUGAAGAAGCUGAGCGCAAGGCAAAGGAAGAGGCGGAACGCAUAGAGAAGCUGGGUUAUGAUCCGGAAGCUGAACAGGCAGAGUUGGAAGCUAAGGAGAAGGAUGCGGCUACCACGAAGAUUGCAUCCCCCACUCCAAUUAACCCUGCUAAAGGAGGCUUUGGCUCAACCGGUAAGGCACCUGAGAAGAGCGCGGCUGAGAUGGAGCGUCUUGGAAUGGGUAUGAGCCGUUUGGGCUUUGGGCAGGUUUCCAAGCCCGUGGUUGCGAAGAAGCCUGGUUUUGGCGCUAUUGCUCCUCAACGAUCAGCUACCGAUGAAGAAGAAAUCGAGCAAAACAGAACGCGCUUCGGAGCGCAGAAGGGUAUCUCAUCAGACGAAUUCUUUGGCCGAGAGCGAUUCGAUCCUUCAGCACAAGCAGAAGCCAAGACUCGUUUGAACAACUUUGAAGGCGCCACAUCUAUUUCCAGCAAUGCAUACUUUGGCCGGUCAGAAGAGGACUAUCCCGCUAUUGACGACGGAUAUGGUGAUCUUGAAAACGCAGCUAAAGAUUUUGUUCGCCGAUUCGGAAUUACUGCCGGUGAUGAUUUGGAGAACUUGACGCAAGUUUUGGGUGAGGGUGCUACGAAGUUACAAGGCGCCAUCCGUAGCUAUCUUAACAGUUAA